UCUGACUUUAAAGUCGCAUUUGUUUGUUUACAAUUCGGCCGACGACCAGGCUCAUUGCUGUGAUGGAUCAAAAGUGCAAAAUACUCGUUGCCGGCGAUGUGCGUGGCAAUUUCAAGCAACUUUUCAGCCGUGUGGAGUCGAUCAACAAAAAGGCGGGACCGUUCGACAUGCUCUUCUGCGUUGGCGAUUUCUACUCGAAAGACAAUAAUGACGAAUUGAUUGCGUACAGAAAUGGAUACAAAAACAUUCCCGUGCCUACAUACUUUCUCGGUCCAACAAAUGCGGAAACAAAUCGCCAGUACGACGACAAUGAGAGCGAAAUUUGCACCAACUUGACUUAUUUGGGCAAAAGAGGACUGUACACAUCAUCAUCGGGAUUGAAAAUCGCAUAUCUAAGUGGCAUUGAGAGUACCGGAAAGGAAAGCCACGCAUGGAACUUCACGAAGGAAGAUGUUGUCGCCGUUCGGGACUCUUGCUUUGCAAGUAAAGUUUCCCUGAGUGACUACAGAGGCAUUGAUAUAUUGAUAACCUCCCCUUGGCCUGAAGGAAUAUCGGAGGACAAGAGCAACAGUUCCAAGCUAAUCGCAUUCCUCGCUAAAGAAAUCAAGCCCAGAUACCAUUUCUGUGGGAUGAACGACAAAUAUUUUGAACCACCACCAUAUCGGAAUCCAGGGGACGAAACCACCCAACUUUCCUUGGCAACACGCUUCAUAUCACUCGCUGCAGUUGGAAAUCCUGAAAAACAAAAGGCAGUUUACGCGGUUAGCCUUAAUCCUGUAGAUAAAAUGCGUGUCAUGGACCUCAUCCAAAAGACGACAAACGAAAUAGCCAGUCCGUUCAGCAACAUAGACUUCUCGAUGUACAAACGAAAACAAGAUACAGAAUCAGGCAAGCAAUAUUUCUACGAUUUGAAUAAAAGAGACGACAGACCGAGGAAGCGAAGGGGAAAUAACGACGGAUCAUUCGAAAAGCGACAAAGGCCAACAUAUGAUCAAGAGUCCUGCUGGUUCUGCCUAUCAUCCGCGAACGUUGAAAAGCACCUCGUGAUAUCAAUCGGCGAAAACUUCUACCUCGCCCUAGCUAAGGGUCCUAUAAACAGCACCCACGCUCUCAUCGUAUCCGUAACACACAUCCAAUCCGCUGCUCUACUCCCAGAUAGUCAGUGGAAAGAACUUGAAGAAAUCAAGGAAUCGCUUGUAAAUUACUUUAAGGAACAGGACCAGGUCGUCUGCUUCUGGGAAAGAAACUACAAAUGCUCCCAUUUACAAAUAAACGCGGUUGCAAUCGAUGCCGGAUACUCGUGGAAGAUAAAACAUGGAUUUGAAGACAAAGCUGAAGAAUAUGAACUGACUCUUGACGAGUUGCCAAAAUUAACCAACGCUGCAGAUUUACCGGCUCAAGGUCCUUAUUUCGUUGCAGAACUUCCCGAUGGCACAACGCUGCUGACUAAACAGAUGAAAAGAUUUCCUUUACAUUUUGCAAGGGACGUAUUCUGUACGGAAAAUCUACUUAAUUGCGAGGAAAAAGUUGACUGGAAACAAUGUUGCCUGUCGAAGGAGGAGGAAACGGAAUUGGUGCAAGAAUUCCGAAAGAACUAUCAAUUGCCUCGUGCGUGAGCUAAGGAAAUUUUAAACUAGGAUGAAUUCUGUUGAUCGUGCAAGCGUCAAAUAAAUGUUUCUGAUUUUAUAUAAAAA